AUGACGAUUCGCAUUGAUAUGGAGGAUUACGACGGUGACCGAGCAUUUGCCGAGUACACGACUUUUUCUGGGGCCGACGAGGGUGAUAACUAUCGGGUGACGAUCGAUGGAUAUCGAGGCGACGUAGGCGACUCAUUGGUAUUGCACUCUAAGUCCAUCAGAAACAUGAGUUUUACAACAAGGGACAGGGACAACGACAUCGCUAAGGGUGGAAAUUGUGGAUUGCGUUAUAAAGGUGGCUGGUGGUAUAGUAACUGUCAUGCCGCUAAUCCAAAUGGCUUGUACCAAGAGAUCAGAGACAGCGUUGUGUACGGCAUCGGGCGCAUUUCGGAGCCAGAUCUGAGAGCUGUUAACUUUGCCGAUAAGAUAGAAGGACAAAAGCUGAACGGAAACCUGGUAAGAGAAGUGGAAGUGGAUUCCGAAACUUCCUGUCAGUUGUCCAUAGCUCGCCUUUCAGAGCCAGAUCUGAGAGCUGUUAACUUUGCCGACAAGGUAGAAGGACAAAAACUGAACGGAAGCCUGAUAAGAGAAGUCGAAGUGGAUUUCGAAACUUCCUGUCAGCUCGAGUGCGUGGAUGAAGAGCGAUGUCAGACUUACAACUUUGGAACUGUUAAAGCAGCUCCGAAGAUUCCCCUUGCAAAGAAAACGCAAUAUGUGUCGCAAGCUGCAAAUCAAACAUUUACCUCUGUAAGUGUCUCAGAGAACUGUCUUGACUAUUAUCAAAAUAGCUUCACAACUGACGGUGUGUACUGGAUUUACCCUGAUGAGAAAGAACCCUUUAAAGUGCUGUGUGACAUGACAAAUGAUGGCGGAGGAUGGACCACCCUUCAAAGGCGCAUGGAUGGCUCUGUAGACUUUUAUGUUGACUGGGAAUCAUACAAAAAAGGCUUUGGAAAUCUUAAGGGUGAGUUUUGGCUCGGAAACGAUUACAUUCACCGUCUGACCGAAUCUGUCAACAUGAUGGUUCGCACUGAUAUGGAGGAUUACGAAGGUGACCGAAGAUUUGCGGAGUACACGACUUUCUCUGUGGCCGACGAAAGCGAUGACUAUCGAAUGACGAUCGAUGGAGACCAAGGCACCCCAGUCGACGCAUUGCUAUAUCUCUCCAGGCCUAUCAGAAAUAUGAGACUUACAACCAAGGACAGAGACAACGACUUCCUUGACAAUGGAAACUGCGCAAUGGCCUUCAGAGGUGGCUGGUGGUACAAUUACUGA